AUGCCGCCACCAAACGACUCGCAGCGGUACUUCGAAGAGGGGCCCGUUCUUGCGCACCGCACGGACUGGAAACCCAUCGCUGAGCGCUCAACUGCACAGCGCCCUGAGCCAGCACUGCAGGCAACCACAGAAGCGCCGAGCUGGUGGCGACAGGUGACGCGGCGUGGCGCUCGUGUCUUCCUCUUUUACGCGCUUCUUUAUCCGUUGCUGGUGCUUUGUGUGGUAGGCGGUAUUGUUGGUGGGUUCAUCGGCGGUUUUUGGCUUGACUGGCACGCCAUUCGACUGGCCGGCAACGCCUGGCUGGCGCUUGUCUCUAUUCCGUAUGCGACCGGUUUCCUUGCGCUCCUGUGGUUGAUGCGAGCGGAGAGCUUCCGUGGGGCUUCCGCGGGCGCACUGAGCUUCGCAUCGAACGCGCUUGGGAAUGCAGCUAGUCGCUGCACUGCUCGCCUUUUGUUGUCAUUGUCAAUAUCUGGGUCACUGGCGCUCCCCGCGUUUCUCUUCCUGAGCCGGCGGGUGCCGGCAGACGCAGCCCUGAUCUGCACCGCAGGCACCGCUGUGAUUUGUGCUUCGCUGGCGCUAUGGGCGUUCGUUUUGGAGAGUGACUGGCUGGAGCCGCGAACCUGGCUCGAGCCCACAGCCCCAUCGAACGUGUGGAUACGACCCUCGUACUGGCCUCGACGUGAACAUUAUAUCGACCUGGAAGCAGCGCCUACACGGACUGGCGGAUAG